AUUAGAAUGCUGCAGCAUGCAAUGCACUUGCCUGCAUUAAAAUUUGAUUUACUUCAGUAAUCAAACGGUACAUAGCUGGUAAUAAGUUGGUCCGUGCUUGAGCAGUAUAAUGUAGGGCAUCCUCAACAGAAUGCGAUUACGAAAUCAACUUAUUUUUCUUGGGCAAAUGUGAGUUUUAUUUUUCAUUGCGCUGUUGUUAUCGAGUUAUUAGUCAAAGGAUUGUAUUCAAAGAUAUAAUCCGCUUCAGUUGCAGAUUAAUGCUAUAUUUUGAUUUCAAGGAAUAUAUGCGUUCUAUAACGCUUUGCGAUACAACACUUAUUGACAGGACCUGACAAACAGUCUCAUCUUUAAUCGAGACUGUAUAAACACACCCCCUAGAGUCGUUUUAUUUGACCGUGCAUUGUAAUUGACUAUUUAGUCGUUAAAAAGAAAAGAAAAGAACAAAAGAAACCAAUAGAUUCGGAGUGCAAUGCCAACUAGUAGCCUCACUAAUCUUCCACGGUCUAAUGAAAACGACCCCAAGUGAUGUCAAGUUGAAGAGACAACGUCGCAAAACUGCACGCAGUUAACUAGCCAAUCACAAAAGCAUUUAAUGUAGUUGUGAUAUUAAUACGGCAAUAUUUGCAAUCAAACUUCACUCUGCACACUGCACACUGCACACUGCAAUGAGCAGAGACAAUUGUUCCUCAAAAAUGAUGAUUCACAAAGAGUAUGAAACUGUGUAUUCCCAGCCAAAACGAAGACCAUUUUACCUUCUAGUGGCUCUAGUUGUUAUUGCARCUAUAUUUCUAGUUGUUGGAAUAGUUUUAAUUGCACUUGGAGCCUCCAAACUAAGCUGUCCAUCCAAGUCAUCGACCGAUCAAACCGUAACGUCUGACAAAGAAAGGUUCUGUGGUUUCUCUGAGGAAGCAAAGCGAGCAGGAAUUGAUAAGUUCAUGGAAAAAGUUCAGAAAACGUUCUACGAACUACACCCGUUUAUGAUAUACGACGAUCCUCACAUUAGGAACAACCCUGAUAAAGCUGCGGCAGUUAAGCGCGUGCAAAACGAAUUCAGAGCAUAUGACAUCGCGCCUGCAACCUUAAAAAAGAAAACCGACACUGCCUGGAAAUUACGUAAGGAGUUGAUUAGCAUUAAAGUUGAUGAAGACAAGCUAAAGCCCCGCGAACGGAAGGCGAUUUURCAAAUGAAACAUUUUCUGAAGCUAAUAUUUGGACAGCCGUAUGAGUCRAAUUACUACUCCGGUGACUGGAUGCUAGGACCUGACAUAUUUUGCUAUCGAGGUAUUUGUAGAAUGGGCUCCAACUUGAAGAAUGCAAUGCGUUGGUUGAAGCCAAAGACUUUAGAUGAUGUGAAUAUUAUCAAAGCCAAACUGAUGACGCAUAAAGAGUCUGUGGAAACGUAUGUAGAGAAUAUGAAGAUGGGAGUUCGUAAAGGCAUGGUACGCAACAUCGAAGCCUGCAAGUCCGGCAUGUACAGAAUUGGAAGAGCAUUUUACAAUAUUUCAAGACUUAACGAGACCGGUGAGUUGUCUUAUUCUAGGUCAGUUUUUGUAAUCUUUACACUGCUAUAAAACUGACGAAAAGUUGCACUUUUCAUGCAACUAUAUCACCGUUACUGUACAUUUUCUCUAUAUAUAUUUACAGACCCUCCAUAAAUUAACAACGCCCUUAUUCACACUUCAACAGCAUCCUGCUGAUUGAAACCUUCAAUAGCAAUUCUUGAAUUAUCAUAAAGUUAGCAUACAGUAACUGGGUUUUUGGUGUUGCGAAACCGCAAACAAAGAACUGGGAGGUAGAUGAGUUCAACAUUGGUAGUCUUGUAUAUCUGAAUUUCUAUUGUUGUAUAGUGUAUAAGUUAAAUACCCAGUGAUAGAUUAAAUCUGAAUGGUGGUCCCUGAUGUGUCUGAAUUUUUAACAACGAACUUGAUUAUUGUAAGUGCCUCGAAUCAAUUGUCGAAUUGAUUUAAUUGGGGUCGAGUGAUACGUCACUGCGAUGGACGGACCUUGACUACUUAAAACAAUUUUCAGAGAGAACAAUUUUYAGGCUGUCUCAAAGGAAGGGUGGUGAUGCAAAAUAAGUGCUUAAAAAGAACGUAUUCGUACCAGGACCUAAAAGCCAAAAAGAACUGUACAGUCCGUCUUGAUUUCCUACAUUAGCCUAACUGGACCGGGAAUUMAAGGAACCCAUUCAGCAAUUAUUCGGAAAAUUAUUCAAACAUUUCUUUUAGCUU